UAUAACGCUGUUGUGGAAUUACCUUUUCAUUUUCAAGUUUACAUUAUCAUUUGAAUAUAGUCCCGUAUACGCUUCCAUACAAACGGUUGACUCUAUGUCAGCAAUGGCCUUGCAAGGUUCAGGGUGAUUUAAGAAUGUCAAUAUUAACACUAGCAUUGAUGUGUUUCAUCACAGUACAGUCAUAUAGUUUAGUUUACAUCUCAAAAAAUACAUUUAUGUGUGCAGUACCUCUUUAAUAUUACUGCUACAUUAAUGUGUAUAUUACAUUUUACUGCUGAAGAUGUUUUAUAAGGUUGCUCAAAUGUUAACUACUUUAUACACUGUUGGGUAGUUUAAUCUACAGCAAAAUCACCAAAGUUGGAGAUACAUCGUUUUCACUGGACAUGAAGGGUAUGACAAGUUGUAAUCUGAAAAGUAACUCAUAACUAAAGCUGACAGACAAAUGUUGCAUAAAGUGGAAAUACUCAAGUGAAGUACAGUACUUAAGUAAAUGUACUUAGUUACUUUCUACUACUGAUCUCUUAUAGAAUAAUAGGUAACACUUUAUUUGAAGGUGGGUGCAUAAGACUGACAUGACACCUGUCAUGAACAUGAAGGAGUCUUUAUGGAGGUUUAUGAUUGUUGUCAUUAAGUUUUAUCCGGUCAAUUAUGUCACUUUUAAGUUGUCUUGCAGCCAGCCACCAGGGGGCGACCGAGAUGUUUGCUUUGGCUUCACUUUUAGGGAGCUGGCAUGUCGUCCAUCUUUAUAUGACACUCAACACCUGCGGCCUAAACUAAACACACAAUUAUCACCCGUGCUCGAUGCUCACGUCGGGUGUAAAUAGCCGAAUGGCUGCCUGUGACCAUUCUCAAAUUCUCUGCAGGUUUUAACCCUCGUGAGGGCGGUGCACUGCAGUUGGAAAAUAAAAGAACGACAAGUUGUCAUCUUCACCGGUGGAUGUGCACCCAGGGACAGCACGGGGGGAGAUACAGUAGCUAGAUAGAUCAAAUAUAGACGAUAUAUGUGUGUUUUUGAGCUGUGUGGUGCGUUUGUGGUGGCGUUCGGGGAGUUCCAGGUGAUAAACUCCAAGUACUCCUCCCUCAUCACCACCUUCUGGCCCAUCUACCCUGCCAACACUCUGGUGGUCACCGGUACCAUCGUUACCUGUGUGUGUUACUUGGGAGUGUUAGGAGGCAUGAGAGAGAACCGCUGCAUGCUCAUCAGUUUUUUCGUCCUGCUGUUCGUGCUGAUGCUGGUGGAGAUGACCAUGGCCUGUGUUUUCCUAGGCUACAGCAGAGAGAUUGGCACAUACUUUGAGAAAGACCUGAUGCGAAGCUUGGAGAUCUACAGACAGUCCAGUGCAGAAGGCAACAAGACCAUUAAAGAUGACUUUGAUGCUGUUCAGCAACUGUUUAGGUGCUGUGGAGUUCAUGGUGUGGCAGACUGGAAGGAUAAUGUCCCAAUCUCCUGUUGUACCAGGGACCCCUGUAACACCCUCCUCCACACCAACUGGCAAGAGGGUUGUCUCGUGAAACUGAGGAACUGGUUUGCCGGAAACUAUCUUAGCACAGGUGCAGGCGUUGUCACAAUGUUUAUCAUACAGUUUAUUUGUCUGUGUAUCACCAUCCCUCUCUUUUGCCACUUCAGACGAAGUGGACUGGGUUACCAGUGAAAAAGGGCCAAUAAAACUGUAUCUGCAAGUUACUUUCUGCAUGUCAACAGGUUGCUUUUCCCUGUAUCCCCUUUUUAUUAAUCUGUUCCGAAUGACCGAAAGGUUACCAUUUCCAGCCAUCAAAAAGGGAGCCAACAGGACAAAAAAUCCCUAGUUCUUUGAGAUAAACUGAGGAUGACAGCUUUUUAUUGCUAUUGAUAAUGCCAUAUGAGGUGACAGACCAUUAAAUGUAAUAUGGAACAUAAUAGGAGACAUAAAAUUGGUAGAUAAGUUAUGUACAUGAUUAUGUAAGACCUAUGUACCAUCGUUGGACUUCAAUAACAUUUUAAACUAGACUUAGACAAACUAAAGUUAGACAAAUCCGACUUUGCCUAUUAUCAUUAUCAAAAACCCUAAUCCAUUUUUGAGUUUUCAAUCAUUUUCCUCCUUUGUUACAAUUUUUUGAUUAUGUGCUUUUACUUGUUUUUAGCAACUGGAAAGGAAGACCAUUAAACUUGUUUGUAAUCUUUUACUCUGCUUAAUAAACCAGCACACAUGCUGAUUUAAACCCA